GUGCGAAGUGUGUGAGUGAGAGUUUAGAAAAUAUGACGGUUAACAGCUUGAAGAAGAGAUGGAAAUCUGAAAAUUUUAUUGCAAUUUUCUUCUUCUUCUUCUUCAUUUCUUCUCUUUCUCUAGUGAUCCCAUUCAGUUCCAUGGCGGAAUUACUCUGUUUCAAUCUACUCUUUCUCUUCACAUUAUCCAUCUCCUUCCUUCUCCAGCGAGCUUCAGCCUCCUAUGCAGGUUCCGCUAGCUCAAUCGUCAACCCUGCAAAAGUCAAACAGAUUUCAUGGUCUCCUCGGGCUUUUGUGUAUGAAGGUUUUCUCACGGAUUUAGAAUGCGAUCAUCUCAUUUCCCUCGCUAAAGCGGAGCUGAAGAGAUCUUCUGUUGCGGAUAAUUUGUCCGGAAAGAGCAAAGUCAGCGAGGUUCGAACUAGCUCUGGGGCGUUUAUUCAUAAAGCCAAGGAUCCUAUUGUUUCUGGUAUAGAAGACAAAAUUGCAGCAUGGACAUUUCUGCCAAAAGAUAAUGGCGAAGACAUUCAAGUGUUGAGAUAUGAAUAUGGACAGAAGUACGAUGCACACUUUGAUUACUUUGCUGACAAGGUUAACAUUGCUCGAGGUGGACAUCGAAUGGCAACCGUUCUCAUGUAUCUUUCUGAUGUAGAAAAAGGCGGUGAAACUGUGUUUCCUUCUGCGGAGGAAUCUCAAAGACGCCAGGCUUCCGAAACAAACGAAGAUCUUUCAGAUUGUGCAAAGAAAGGCAUAGCAGUAAAACCCCGGAAAGGCGACGCUCUUCUCUUCUUCAGCCUCCAUCCAAAUGCUAUUCCAGACACAAGUAGUCUACAUGGUGGGUGCCCUGUGAUUGAAGGUGAGAAAUGGUCAGCAACAAAGUGGAUUCGUGUCGAUUCCUUCGACAUGGUCGUGAGAGACCAUACAAAUUGCGGUGAUGAAAAUCCAAGUUGUGAGAGAUGGGCUGAACUCGGCGAGUGCACGAAUAACCCGGAGUAUAUGGUGGGAUCUCCUGAGCUUCCUGGCUACUGCCGGAAAAGUUGUAAGGCAUGUUCAUAAACUUGGUUCAUUCUUUAUAAUGAGCAUUCCCUUGCCUUUUCUUUUUUGUACCAAAAACAGAAAUGUUAGUUUUUCGAGAGCAUUUUCGUUGAAAUGUUUUGUGAGAGUUAGCAUUUGUAUUGAUUACUCAAUCAUGUAACAUUAUUUGAACAAUAAUGUAGUUUGCAAAGUUCUUUUGGUUUUUAUGGAUAGUCCAAUUAUAACUCAGUUUAAAAA